UUAUUUUUAAUAAUUAUUAAAGCAUAUAUUUGUACAUUCUAUCGGUGCGCAGAGGACAAGUAGAAGAAGGGACAAACCAGAGGCCAUCCGUCGUUUCGUACGACUUCCUGCAGGCUAAAUUGUCGCAUUUCGAGAGAGGGGACAAAUGCACGCGGAACUUUCAGCCGUAGCAUCUAAUUUUAGAAUCCAUCAUACCUGUGUCUCCAUUUCGAGGGCAGCGGAGCCCGUGGGUGUAAUGUUAAAUACAAAAUCGACCCGUUCCGACAGCUAUUACGAGAAUGUCUCUGGCGAAAAAGGGAAGCAUCUCGCUCGACGAAUUCCGCAGUGCCGUGCACAACGCCGUCUCGCAAGAGCCGCUCGCGACUCGAUUCGCCAAGUUCUCCACGUGCGGCGACAGGCGAGGAAUGGUCGAGAUGCUCAUGAAGAUGCCCCAUGUAACCUGGUUGAAACUGGCCGACUCGUACCGGAGUAAAGACGACGCGCAGGCCGCGGGAUUGUACGAGAGAUCGCUUCAGCCGACGACGCAGCCUGGCGACGACGAGCAGCACACGGAGCAGAUCGGCAUGCGUAAUGAUACUCUCACGAAAGCACUGUUUGCGGCCAGUGCGAGUGGUAGAGUGUUCUUGGAUGCGCUCUGCGAGCGCGCUAAGCGCUCCUACGGCUUGCGAGCUUACACGAGCUGCCUGAGAGACUGCGAGUGUAUGCUGGCGCUUCCAGCGAGCUUCUAUAACGCGGAGAACGUUAAGUACUUUGUACAGCGUAGGAAAGAGUGCCUUCAGCUGGAACGGGAGAGCUCUAAGAAACUGGAAGCUGCGUCCAUGAGGAAACGCAGCCACAGGAAGGCGUCCUCCUCCUCUUCCUCCUCGUCCUCAUGUCGCUCCUCCUCGAUCGCUCCUAGCCCGAGGACACCGUCAUUCGGGAAAUAUUGCGUCACGACGGUGCCCGUCGUCGACGGUAAACGGCACAGUUGUCUCGUGAGCUGUCCGGAUAGCGUGACGCUUCGAUUCGACGUGGCCAGGGGCCGGCAUCUUGUGGCUACAAGAGACAUCAGACCAGGAGCUGUACUCAUUGUUGACCGGCCGUUUUCCUAUAGCACGGACGCAUCGGCUCUCAUCAGGAAUUGUUUGCAUUGUCAUGCCACACUUAAAUUAGAAAACAGCGUUAGAAUACCGUGCCGUAAUUGCCAAACAGUGUCCUUUUGUACGGAAACGUGUCGCAAGGAAGCGUGGCAGAGGUAUCACCGCUACGAGUGUUCGGUGUUCGACUACUUCUUCGAAAGCGCCCCGAACGGUGAGUGUCAGCGAAGGUCUCACCUUUUGCUGGCCUACCGAACGACAGUCCUACAAGCAUUGUCGGUGGAUACUUCGAAUGACACGAGUGAGACGAGUUGUGUCUUAAAUUCUGAUUUCCUGCGCUAUCACGCCAACGGCAACGCGAACGCUGAAGAUGAUGACAUUAGCAAAGAAUGCGCAGAUUUGGGCACGAAGAAGCCAUAUAGCCCCCUCGAUUAUCGUACGGUGUACCAACUGGAGACACACUACGCCGAUAUGGGAGCUAACGUAAAACUGAUUCGAGCAAUCGAGGCGGUCUUCCUCGCGAAAUGUCUGAUUUUCGUGCUAAGCAAACUGGACGUCGUCUGCACGAAGGAAACGUUCGUUCCGUUGGCCGUGGCCAUGCUACAUCACUUGCAGGCGAUCGAUUGCAAUGCGUACGAGAUCAUCGAGAACGUUCACGAUGAAGCGACACGCGUCUGGGAACCCAGGAAUAUCGGCGGCGCGAUUUACACCACGGUCAGUCUUGUGAAUCACAGCUGUUAUCCUAAUGUGGUACGUCACUCUUAUCCGAACGGGAUGAUCGUGGUCAGAGCACUGCGCUCCAUCAGCAAAGGGUGUGAGAUAUUCGAUUGCUAUGGACCGCAAUUCCUCAGCGAAAGCAGACUGACCAGACGCGAGUUCUUAUGGAAAAAGUACCGAUUCCUGUGCGAGUGUAACGCGUGCACACACAAUUGGACAUUUCCGCUACCCGACACUAUAAAUUAUAAGUGUACAGCGUGCUCGGAACCGCUCGAUUUCUCGGCGACGAAUGCAAGCGUCGCGCAAAUGGUAACGCAGCAACAAUGUACCAAAUGCGAGAAGAUGAUCGAUCUGCGGAAGAUUGAGAAACAACUUCACAGGUCGAUUCAGAAGAGAUUGAACGCCAUCGCCAAAAUGUAUGAAGGCAAUUACAAAGACGCGAUGCCUCUGUUACUCGAACACGCGCUCUUUGUGAAUAAAUACUUGGCUGAGCCCAAUAUAGAAGGUAUCAAGACAGAACAGUGUAUCGUUCAGUGUUACAAUUCUCUUGGCUCUACCUCCGUGUAGCAAUCUUUCGGCCCAUUUAUGUACAUGCUGCUUGUACAGCAGUGUAAAACAAUUAUUUGGAUUUCUAUCGUGAGAUUACGAAAAAGAGAAGAAAAUUGCGACACAACCAUUCACUAAAAGUGAAAUUCUCUAACUUUCUAUUUCGAGCAGGGAAAACGCACAAAUAGAAAGAAUAACGAAUACGCGAUAAAAUGCUCCUCAUUCGUUUAAGUAAUCCUGUCGUUAACAGCUAGCAUAACUCGAAGCAAUGUAAGAAUAUAUUAAGUGACAAAGAAGCACGUAACAACGUAAAAUGCAUAACACAGAAAAAAUCGUUCAAAUAUGUUUCACAAUUCGGUACAAUAACAUAUUACUGAUGUGGGCGCGCGUAUAAUAGAGUAACCAGUAGAAAAUCGUGCCUAAAUUACAUAUCCUGAUUCAAACAAUAAUUUGAUUUUAGUUGCACAAGUGCGUGUUUUUUAUGCACAAUGCUAUGCCUCCUUCAUGCUCAUACAAUUAGGUGAUGAAAUAUAUAUCUCACGGAUCAUUGCGAUUCAAUGACACCUUACUUGCAUGAAAGAUACGAGUUAUGUACAGUGGUCCGGCAUAUACAUUGGUAAAUUACAUCCUUUAACUUAUUCAUUAAAACACAGGUAUGCAAUACCUAUACUCAACUAAAAUCCUAUGGCGUAAGGAUAGGCAUUCGAUUACCACAUGUGCGUCUCUCUAAUUUCGCUAAUGAUGUGACCGGCUUGAGUCAAUGCCUGUGGAAUCACAGUAAUUGUUAGAGGAGAAUUUGCGCACAAAAGUGUACAUAUAAAAAUCUAUGCAAUGUUUUUUACCUUAAGCAUAUCUGCUGCUUCCUUACGCCUAACGGCGAUGUGUUUACUUUCGUUCAAUAAGACUUCAGCCUGAUCCGACUUAUAUAAAUGCGUGACAAGCUCACUUUGUAGAUUAUCUUUCACGUAGUUGACUAGGAAAUGCAUAACAGCCUUUGGUACACUGUCCUGAAUGGACUUUCGUACGAUAUAAAAGUAUGACUUUAUGAGUCUUUCUGUAAAUGAUCAAUAAAAAUAAACGAGGUAUAGAAACAUCAA